AUGGAUCUAAAUGAAAAGGAAACAGUAAGCCGGGAAUGCUUAGGAUGCAUUUGUGAGGCUGCGUCUGGCUGUAAUACGACACUCGGCUGUACUGGUGAUAUAUGUGGAGCUUUCCAUAUUACAUGGGGUUACUGGGCUGACGCUGGUAAACCGACCCUUCCUGGAGUAUCUAAUACCGAUUUAAAUGCUUAUUCUAGUUGUGCAAAUAACGUACAAUGUGCUGGACUUAUUGUAGAAGGAUAUAUGAAAAAAUACGCUAAGGAUUGUGAUAAUGACGGAGUAAUUAACUGUAAUGAUUAUGUUCGCAUUCAUUAUCUUGGUGCAUCUGGCUGUUCUGGAGCUCUGGAGUCCAAAUAUGAAAACGCAUAUAAUAACUGUCAACAAAUCUUUAUUUAAUUUUAUAUAUUUUUUUUUAAUAUACGAAUGUACCUAU